UACAGCAGUGUGUAGUGAGGAUUGUUACAAGAUUUUGUUAAAUAAGGUCUAGUAUUGAAGACUAGUUAAUUCAGUCUGAAUUCAUAGACUACCAAUGGCAAUGUAUUAGGCAUGUACUGCUGUUAUCUAAUGUCAACAGAAGCCCCCUUGUCUUAUAUAACAGAAGCCCCCUUGUUUUAUAGUGCUAAAUGAAAGUACUUUGCAUACAAUGUAUGGGUAUGCAUUCUGUGUUUAGGCACUUGUGUUGUAGAUGUAUCGCAUAUUAUGUGUAGAGGCAGUAUAUCAUCAGUGUUCAAGUGAAUGUCUCAACAGUGAAGUUGCUAGUUGCAACCAUCUUCAAAAGUUUGAUUUCCAGUGAUUGUGGAGCAUUUUACAGACCCGAAUUGAUUGUUAUCUGAAGGUUGAGUGACCAUACGACCAGUGAAUAAACGACAGUUCGUGAACUUUAACUGAAUCUUCGUACCUCGUCAUUUCAAUCUUGUGAAUAACAACUUUAGGGUGUUUGUGUAAUCGUCGAAACUCCUCGGUUUACUAGUUGUAAACGGAGGCAGCCACAAUAACAAUCAAGGAUCUGCAUGUGCAUCCAGUUAGCUGAAUGGCUAAGUAGCCUGUGUAUCCAGUUAGCUGAAUGGCAAAGUAGCCUGUGCAUCCAGUUAGCUGAAUAAGAAUCAAGGAUCUGCAUGUGCAUCCAGUAAGCUGAAUGGCAAAGUAGCCAUAGACUUAAACGAAUAGUGAAUUGUAUAAGUUACCAUGGCAACGGCCACUAGUCUCCCUGAUAAGCUCGAGGAAGGGAGCGUUAAAAGUAAGCGCUCCGUGCAAAGCGAAAGAGUUCUUCAAGCGUUCCAUGCUGAACUCCAGAUGAUGGAUCAAGAGGAUGAACUCAAAAGAAUUGAGUUUGCCAGAAAACAAGAAGAAGCAAAUUCAAAAUUGAGAAAACUCAAGCUCACCAAGCAGUUCAAUGAGAGAAUGGCAGAACUUGAAGGAAGCAGGGAUGACAUUGAAUAUUCAGAGACCCAUUCUGUCAAAUUAGAUCUUCCUGAGGAGAAAAUGGAGGACUCCAUCCAGAGAUAUUUGCAAUCCCAAGAUAGUGUAGCACAGCAGAGCCCUCAACAGUCAAGGAGUGAUGUCACUCCUGUGUAUGAAUCAAAUGGGUUGCAAAGGGUAGCUGAAUCACUCGCAGAGGUAGCAAGGUCGAUGGCUAUACAAAGUGCUAGCUCUCAGCAGGUCGCUGUGACCAGUCAGUUGCCGCACAUCGAUCUUCCCGUAUUCAGUGGAGACCCCCUCCAGUAUCCCCUCUGGAAAAAUGCAUUCGUGAGCCUCGUAGACAGGAAUCCAGUUGAUCAUCCUACAAAGCUGCAUUACCUGAAUAACUCUGUGGCUGGAGCACCAAAGAGGUUGGUGCAGCACUAUCUUCUUCUUGGCACUGAGGACGCCUACCACAAAGCAUGUGGAGCACUUGCAGAACGAUACGGAAGCCAGAGCGUAGUGUCUGCUGCCUUCACAAAGAAGUUGAACUCAUGGCCAAGGAUCAGCAACCAAGACUCUACAGGAUUGAGGGAUUUCGCAGACUUCUUGAACCAGGUGGAAGCUGCAAAGGUGACAAUUUCAACACUUAAUAUUUUGGAUUUUCCCCAAGAAAACGUAAAGAUGUUGGAGAAGCUUCCAGCAUACCUCGCACGGAAAUGGCGUGACGAAGUUGACAGGUGGCAACGUCGUGGACUUGGUAGCUAUCCGACAUUCUCAAGAUUUGCAGAAUUCGUCAACGACGCAGCACGCAAGGCCAGCAUUCCAGAGUUGGAGUGCCUGAAGAACCAAGAAUCCAGGCCUAGGCAAUUUCCAGCUGGAAAUAAGGGAUUUGCUGGAAAGUCGCUGUCCACUAGAGCAUUCAAUGGUGGUCAACAAGGCAAGUUCUCAUCGUGUCCCUUUUGCAAUGAAAAGCACCAUCUGGAUGAGUGCAAGGAAUUCGCCAAGAAGCCUCAUCCACUUCGUAAGCACUUCUUCUUCCAGAAGAAACUUUGCAUGGGAUGUGGCAGUGAUGACAGCCACCAGGUAAAGGACUGUCCUCAGAGGAAAACAUGUAAGGAGUGUCAGGGAAGGCACCUCACAUGCCUGCAUCGUCCGCAGAACAGAGAAUAUGAAGGUUCCUCAAAGUGCACCACGUCUGUUCCUUACCAGACCAGGACGGGAAAGAACACUGCAUGA